GUGUGUCUGUCUGUCUGUCUGUCUGUUACUCUCAAUCUCACUUCUCGGGUGUUUGUUCGUCUCACAAAGGAUACGGCCUACUUUAGAUUCGCCCGAAUUGCGUGGGAGGCACUGUCGCAAAUCGCGGAAUUGCGCUGCUUGACGGGUCCCUGGGCUUGCGCAUGGUCUUCCGACGCCCAUUUCCUCGGCAUUCCCCGCAGAGAGCAAGAGAAUGGAUUCCUCAAGGUCUUUUGUAAAAGCAAUCACCAGAUGUAAUCAAGCUAUUCUGAAUGAGUAGUUACCCUGUCCUUCCUCUCACAUUGUGUGUAACAGUACAAAAGCAUUCACGACAUGUAUUUUGAACGAGUAGCUACCUUGUCCUUUCUCUCACAUGCUGUAUAAAAGUAUGAAAGCAUUUAUGACUUGUAAUCAAUACCCCGGCCCUGGCCCUGCUCGAUUCGCCCUGCAACUCGCCUGCGACUCCCCGGCCCCCUGCUCGAUUCGCCCUGAAACUGGCCUGCG